AAUAUAUUCUUUGGUUUUCAGAACUAAAGAUAUCUCUCCCGAAAUCCUGGAAAAAUGGAGUCAGAUUCUUGUGAAGACUGCUCUUCAGAAUCUACAGUAAAAUAAAUAGUGACUCUACAGUGAUCAAAUGAAUUUUCUACCAGUUUAUGGUAGAAAAUUAAUUAAAUUUACACAAUGAAACCUUCCAGUCAAAUUAUAAACCAAAACGUUGAAAGUUUGCUGGUUGGUGCCAGGCCCCCUGCAGUUGGAAGUGAGAAAGGGUCCGCUGUUUUUAGAGAGGUGGCCCACGCCCCUGUUAUGGGCCGUAGUGAAAUAAGUUUGGAAAGUAUUAAACCGAAAAUAAUGUCACCAUCUCCGAAACCGUCGGAGACGGCGGGAUUUGAGACGAGAGAACGAGGAUUUGAACCGGAAGGUUCGGCGGAUAUCACUCCGCCGUUUAGUGAAUCUAAUUCUAACAAUUCUACGCCUGCAUAUGUCAGAUGGGCGGAGAACUUGAGUAACCUACUGGGGGAUCCGGACGGUGUAGAAUUAUACAAAAGUUAUCUUAAUACUGAAAACUGUGGAGAGCUUCUAGAUUUCUGGUUUGCGUGCCAGGGUCUUAAAAAACUACCGUUAGAUAAUAGAGAAAAAAUCUUCCAACUAGUUAAGGUAAUAAACCGAAAGUUUCUGCGUAGCAAAGUAGUUCCGAUCCUUGAGGGAACCCGGAAAGAGAUUCAGGACAAGAUUGCAGCCAAGGAUGAUGUACAUCAGGAUAUAUUUGACGCAGCUCAGGUUGAGGUUGAAGAGAGGAUGACAAGGACAACCUAUAGAAAUUUUCUAGCAAGUGAAGCUUACUUAAACUACGUUCAGAAUAUGCAGAUAGGUGAAUCUGAUUAUUCAGCUAAAUGUUCUGGCUCCCACUCCACCUCCUCCUCAGUAUCAGGGAAGGGAGUUCUUCAUGACGAUUCAGGACAUUUCUCUGUUCCUUUAGAGGGUGAGCGGAAUAAAAUAGGCUCUCGUGUACUUCCUGUGAGUGCCCACAGUUCACUUCAUGUACCGACACACUUAAAUGUACAAGCAGAUACAACAAGUGAUUCAACUAGUGGUAUCUCAGAAGGGAGUAGUCAUAUUACUCCUAUGAAAGGACAUAAUACUACAGCUUAUAACAAUACGAGUAUCGAGGAGCUUGAGCCCUGCCUCCAGAUGGUACAAAGUAUGUCUGCGCUUCCAACCCUUCACGAGCACAGCGAGUUGGAUUUAACCGACGAUAGACCUAUGUCUGCCAGUUUUUUAGGAUUAACAUCGCAAUCUCUUAUGAUGACCCAGAGGAGAAGACAUGCUGUUAAACCAGAAGCUCAGGCUGGAAUAUAUCUGCAGUCUAAUAGGGUCCCUGCCCCUUACCAUGCGUACAAUUCUGCGUACAAUCCUGUGUCGCGUCAGGACUCGGAGCUACAAAGCCUAAGCUCGGACGCGCACACAACAGAUGAUAAUAUGUCAUCUUUCACUGAAAGCUCAUCCCAUUAUUCAUACAGACAAAUCACCUCUAAGAAGCAUAUAAGAAGACAGCUACGUAAAGCCCAUGAACAGUCCAGACAUAACAGGGAAAAUACACAAACCUCGCAUAGUCAGCAAGCAUUUAUUCCUAGAACGGCCCGUGUACCCCCUGAAGCUACGAAUCAACUUCCUCCUGCUGAAUUUGCAAAAAUCCUUACGCAGAAGCUUGAAAAGGUAAAAAGAGAACAAGAAUCAAACGAGAAGUUAAAUAGAAAACUUGCCUCUGAAGAUUCUCGGUCAAUCAUUUCACAGGAUUCCAGUAGAAGUAUAGCAAAUAUCCUGGGGGAGAAUGUUAGUCUCCAGGUACUCCCUGAACCCGACCUGGAGGAGUCGGAUCAAUCUAUCCUGGAUCAACAUGUUCUCAGGAUCUGGAAGGAUAAGACUCCGCUAAGAUCUCCCGGGGAUCCGGCGGGUAGACCUCUCUCCCCUGGCGGCGGGUAUCGACGUGGUAAAUCUCAAGUCAUGAGCUCAUCUUUAGGACCCAUGCAGCCUCAUAGAACGCUGCCCAGUAGAGGGAAUAGAUCUCAAGUGAGAAGGGUUUCAGGACAUCAAGUUUAUCACCAGGAUCUUGCUUACUACGAGGUUGACCGUGUGACAGGUCGCCAGAGUGUAGGAGGGGUGAGGGGUGAACCUGUUCGACCUUGUUUAGGAGUGAGAGUGGAGCCAGGAAGACCGGGUGAUGGUAACACUAGCCGGGUGAUGGAAUGGAUGCAGGAGGUAGCCCGGCAUGCUGGUCAACCUGAUCAAAAGUCUCAGUCUAGCAGGGGAGCUAAUAAAACUUCACCCAGAUCAUCUCGACCUAAGCCUGCUCAUCGGUCCCAGUCCCAGGAAAGAAUGUCAACCAGCUGGGCUGGUCACCAUCCUGGUCAACCACAGUAUCAGUAUCAGCCACAACAGCCGACACCUAUGCAGCUGGAGGAGGCAAAACGUAGAUUAAUGAUGGUAGGACAUAAUUCAACCCAUUUGGGACAUAAUUCAACUCACAUGGGUGUCCCGCCACAACAACAGCAGCUGUCCCAAAGCAAUAAUUCAACCUUACGGAAAUCCUCCGCUGCAACCGGGACAGAGUUUACUGUUGCAGUUUACACCUUCAGCCAUGAACGUGAACCUAUGCCUUACCGUAUCAAGAUCCCAUCUCGGGCCGUCACUCUAAAAGCAGUCAAAGAUCUCCUACCAAAGAAAGGGGUAUUUAGGUUUUAUUUCAAGACCGAGGUGGAUGGUGAGGCCUGCUACGAGGAGGAGACGGAGGAUACCAGUCUUGUUCCUCUUUGGGAGGGGAAGGUGUUGGUUCAGUGUAGGAUAAUGGAGUAGAACGAGAGGAGCUUUGGGUUAGAAAAUCUUCAAAUUUUAAUGGAGUUCAGAUGGGUCAUCUAUUGCAGAUCCUUCUUUAUUAGAAAGUCCUCUGUUUAGAUGAACCAAUAUUGAUGGGAGUCCUAGAAAAAUUCUAUCAUUCAAAACUUUCAAUCAAUGGAUUCUUCAAUAGAUUCCUCAUGAAUGAAGUUUGGUGGAAAUUUUACAACAAAUCUUCUAUCAAGCUAAGCUCCUCUCCAAUAAACGAAUAUUCGAUUGUUGCAAUAAAAACUAGAAAUUGUUUCUCCCUUAACUCUCCAGGCUGUUGAAAAUAAUGAAGUCCAAGUUGACAUCAAUAAUGGAGUUUAAGAGUAUCCAUUUUAUAAAUGGAGUUUAGCUUAUCUUGAUUCUAGUAAAGGAUCAAAGUGGCGCUAAGGAAACGCCAAAAUAUUGGAUUAUUCUUUAUCAACGAUAGCUCUAGCUCUAGACCGUCAGAAAAGCUCAAGGUUUGACGAAGACAAAUUUGAUUCCUGAGUUAUUCUUUCAGAAAACACUAAAACAUAGUGACUUGAAAAUUCGUAAAUUUUAUAUUUUCCUAGCAUAUUAAUUGACAAAUUUGGCAAGAUGGCCGGUUAAGAAUUUCUAUGGUUGUGAAUCUUUAAAUAUUUGAAAGAAAUUCUGUGAUAAACUGCGGAGCACGCGAAUAUACAUUCAGUACAUGUCUUCCUUUCAAUACUCGGUUCACGUCCUUCUCCUCCUUGGCUGACAAACAGUAUAAUGAAAUCCAAUUUAAUUGUACACUUUUAUACUUAAAUGUGUUUUCCUAUUUUUAUGAAUUAUUGAAUUUUUAUGAAAAAUAAAUCUUUAUCAAGCUC